AUUGGUGAAUCGGUAUCUCCGUAUGACGUUUUAUUUGAGCGUCAAGUGCGGGUAGUCAUUCUUCCCCCCAUUGGCUGACUUGCUUGGGAGGAGGAGCUAACGCGCAAACAGGGCCUGGAAACACAGAAGCUAGAAAGAAACCGGGAGACACGCCUGUGGCGUAUUUCCGGCGCGCUAAGCGAGGAAGAUGGCUGCGUCCCAGCAGCAGGCUGCUGCGGCUUCGUCCGCUGCAGGUGUGUCGGGUCCGGGUUCGUCUGGUGGCCCGGGUCCCCAGCAGCAGCCGCAACCACCAGCACAGCUAGUGGGGCCUGCCCAGAGCGGGCUUUUGCAGCAACAGCAACAGGACUUCGAUCCAGUGCAGCGUUAUAAGAUGCUCAUCCCGCAGUUGAAGGAGAGCCUGCAGACCUUGAUGAAAGUCGCAGCCCAGAACUUGAUUCAGAACACUAACAUUGACAACGGACAAAAGAGCAGUGACGGACCUAUACAGCGCUUUGACAAGUGUCUGGAGGAGUUCUACGCACUCUGUGACCAGCUGGAGCUCUGCCUGCGCCUGGCACACGAGUGCCUGUCCCAGAGUUGCGACAGCGCCAAGCACUCUCCAACGCUGGUGCCCACAGCCACCAAACCGGACGCUGUGCAGCCUGACAGCCUGCCCUACCCGCAGUACCUGGCAGUCAUCAAAGCCCAGAUUGCCUGUGCCAAGGACAUUCACACCGCUCUGCUGGACUGUGCCAACAAGGUCACGGGCAAGACACCUGCACCACCUACAGGCCCUGGGGGCACCCUGUGAGCUGGCAGGGCUGGGAGUGGGGCAGGCCGUAGGGGAAGGGGACCGGGAGGGAAUGAAGAGUGACUUCAAA